AUGCUGGCGGAACCAGCCAGGGACACGUGCACUGUCACACUUGCGAGCCGCCACCGGACGCAAGUAGCAUUAAUCGGGGAAAACACGAGCACGGCGUGGCUGGCGGUGAGGCGGUGGGGACGUGUACGCCGCGGCCGCGAUCGCCCCCGCCCCUUCCACCCGCCGGUGACGUCUGCUGUGAGCCGCUGCUGCCAGUCGCGGGGGACAUGCGGACGCGUGCGCCACGCCAGACCUGUGCCCGCAACGCGCCCACCACAGCAGACCGGCGAGCCGCGGCAGUGGACGCGACACCUCGCUGCACACUCUCCGCCAGACACUCCUGCGUCGUCCUCGAGCGCCGUGCAAAAAGCGACAGUUACAUCAUCGGCAGCUUCGAUGUAUAUAUUCGCGCUCCUGUUGGUCUUCUGCCACGGACUGGAACACGGGGCGGCGUUUACUCAUGAGCCGGCCGGCCGCCCCCGCGGCGCGGGCGUCAUCGUGGCGCCGCCCGCCGGCUGCUGGUGCGUGCAGAGCAGCGCCUGCGCCGCCGCGGCGCGCGCCCCUGCCGCGCUGCUGAGGGCCGCCGCCUGCGCCCCCGGCGACGCCGGGCCCUACGUCUGCUGCGACGAGCUGGCGCGCCGCCUGCCCUUCACGCAGAGGCCGCCCACCGUCGAAGACAACGACAUCUCGCACGACAGCCACGCGCUCGACCUGCCGGACCUCUGGCACGCGACUGCGCCCGGUGGCCACGAAGUUUCUUUACAGGUCCCCUUCCGACAACGCGGCACCGCUUACCGUGUGCCUGCACCUGCGUCUGGAGGCAGAAGCGACGCCACAUCACAGCCGUGCGACAGACGAGUGUACCGACCGACGACUUCUUCCUACAGUUCGCCGCGCUACGACGGUCAUCACAGCUUCGAUUACGAUAGGAACCCUGGCUAUUUUCGUGGACCGGACGAUGGUUUCAUCAGAAUCUCGCCCACAGCGACGCCGACGUCACCAGUGAGAACUAUUAGUGACCCGUAUUUCUCUGGAGCGACGAAUCCUCCCUUAUCUUCCUGGAAUCUCAGUCCUACAAAACCGCAGACUCAGUAUACUAACAACCGCGGGACCACGAAAAGCCGCAAGAAUACGGCUCAGCGCGAAAGCAGCACACGAACACCCCAUUUCAAGCCUGCUCUGAAAGAAGAAUCCACGUCUUUCAGCUCUUCACAAGAAGAUGACUCCCCAUAUCGCGGUAUCGUCGAAUCUGAAAGACGCCACGACACCGGCAGUGUACCUCAGGACAAGCCAGACAAUCGUGACGAAACUCCAUCGCACGCACAAACUCCCGAUUUCAAGGAAGAACCCAGGCCUCUGAGCUCUCCAUACGAAGGUAACCCUCCACAUCGCGGUAUCGUCGAAUCUGAACGACGCCACGAUACCAGCGCAGUGCCACAGGAGAAGCCAGCCCAUCGAGACGAAACUCCACCGCACACACAAACUCCCCAUUUCAAGCCCCCUGUGAAGGAAGAACCCAGACAUUUCAGCUCUCCACAUGAAGAUAACUCGCCACAUCGCAGCGUCUUCGAAUCCGACCGACGCCACGAUAUCGUCAGAGCACCACAGGAAAAUCCAGCACACCGCGAAGUAAACGAACCUGAACGAGUACACGACACAGCAGCAGUGCCGCCGGAGAAGCCACCAAAUCGUGGUCCCGACGAGUCAGACAGGUGGCGCAACACUGGCAGAGUACCGCAGGGGAGCUCACCGCAUCACGGUCUCACCGAACCUGAACCACCCCAGAAUACAGACAGAGUAGCGCAGAGGAAGCCACCACAUCGUGAUGCUACUGACCGUGAGCGACAGCACGGCAGAGGCAGAAUACCACACGAGAAUCCACCGCCUCGUGGUCUUCCCGAAUCUGAACGACGACACGACACACGUCGAGUAUCGCAGAAUUCACACCCAAACCCAGUACCCGACUGGCCGCACCAGAUACACGGCCCAGAGCAUCCGUUCCCUUCCAAUCCUCACCACCUCCACCAUCAACACUCUGACGGUUAUCAUCCCCAUUCAUUUCCAGACGUCGAACAUUCCCAGACUCUGCCAGAGCACGAGAGACGACCAAACCCUAUACCACUUUUGCCUCCUGAGUUUCUAGAAAACGAAACAGAGUCGACACCCUCAGAACACAGCAACGACGCAACGGCGACGAAAACGACGACAACAACAACAACGACGAUGAAGACGACGACGACCACAUCAACCAAGAGGCCGAUGAAGGCGAUUACCACCACGACGACCACGAGCCGGGCGCCAUCUGCCUACAAUGACGACGCUAUCGUGUUCCCCGAUUCCGCAGAGACUGUCAACCACGGCGGAAAGCGCUGGACGGAGGAACGCGCCGUGGAUAAACACCACCAGGCGAACAAUGGUGACGCCAAGCAUCGCGGGGACCCGGAGAAACACCCCAACAGGUCGUUGCUGCCCAGCGAGUGCGCCACGCUGCUCGAAGACCGCAUCGUCGGCGGUAACAAAGCAGAACUCGGCUCCUUCCCCUGGAUCGCCAGGCUCGGCUACUCCGUGAAGGGGCGCAGCCGGACGCUGUACCGGUGCGGCGGCGCGCUCAUCAGCAGUCGCUACGUCAUCACGGCGGCCCACUGCGUCACCACGCUGCCGUCGGACUUUCAGCUGAAGGCGGUGCGGCUGGGCGAGGUGGACGCGCGCGGCGACCCGGACUGCGACGAGGUGCAGUGCGCCGAGCCGGUGCAGGACUUCGCCGUGGCCGCCGCCGCCGUGCACCCGCAGUACAACUCGCCCAAGUUCCGCCACGACGUGGCGCUCGUCCGGCUCGACCGCGAGGCGCGCUUCUCAGCGUACGUGAUCCCGAUUUGUCUGCCGUUCGGCGACCUUGCCACCCAGAACUACACCGGGCUGAAGGUGACCGUGGCUGGGUGGGGAGCCACCGAGAAUGGUACGGGCAGCGACGAGCUGCGCUACACGCGCCUGACGGUGGCGGCCACGGACGAGUGCGCCGACGCCUACCGUCGCACGCACAUCGCGCUCAGCGGCGAGACGCAGGUGUGCGCCGGCGGCGCGCCGGGCGUCGACUCGUGCGACGGCGACAGCGGCGGCCCGCUGACGCUGGCCCACCAGCCGGGCGCCGGCGACCCGCGCCACGUGCUGCUCGGCGUCGUCUCCUUCGGCGCGCGCCGCUGCGGCUCCGACGGCUUCCCCGGCGUCUACACGCGCGUCGGCGCCUACCUCGGCUGGUUGCUCGACAACCUCCAGCCCUGAUCUUCUCCUGCUGCGGCCUGUGCUCGUCUAGCUACGUGCUGUCCCUGUGGUUCAUCCAUGUUGCCGAUGGGACUCGGUGGGGAUAUCGAGGCCCAUCCCUAUCAUUUCUGACUGACGCUCUACCAGUCAGAAGAGAAACCACAUUCUAAUACAUCUUUCACCAAUUCAUUUUCGGAACAAUAUUCAUUUAUUUGUUUGCCACGUCGUAUUUAUUGUCUUCUCCAGCAGAUCAAAUUCAUUAUUACGUUCUGCCCAACACAUACCACAUUUCGAGCUCCCAUCCAGACAUUUUUUAUGCUGUAGUUAAUGCAGCCCCUGUUACGGGCAAGUUUUGUUCUUCCCCAAGGAUAUCAUUUGGAAAGGCAUCGCGGAUGAAGUAUUUCUUAACAUGUUCCGCUACGAAGAGUGUACAGGAUUUGCUAAGGAAUGAAGUUGAUAAACGUUCAUUAAUACAAAGUAAGCAGCGUUAAGUCAGCUGCAGUUCUAACCUUCCAAAGCUCUACACCAAAAUCGUGUCUUUCAAGUGUAAUUGAAGUUACUCUUGUAUUACAAUGUUACCUGCGAGUACAAUAUGUGUAUUCAUUACGUUGUAAUGUUAUCACAGCGAAGCAUAACGUGAGCAUAAGAGUGUCCAUUUUCUGGUAGAGAUAUUUUUUUUUAAAUUUUAUGUUAGUCUGCAGCUAAUAGUAUUUCUAGAUACAACUGUACGACAUCUACACUUUAUUGUUUAUUUAUUUCAUUGUUGUUAUUUUCGAAGCUGAAGCCCCAUUACCAUGCACUCCUUUAUCAAAGAUAGAUAAAUCGUGAAUUCCAGUUGUCAUAAAAGUCGUCUGUCAUUAGGUCAUGAAAAAAUCCAUAUAUGGUUAGCAUAAACAGAAUCAAGACGUAUAUCCUGUUGUUGUUGUGGUCUUCAGUCCUGAGACUGGUUUGAUGCAGUUCUCCAUGCUACCCUAUCCUGUGCAAGCUUCUUCAUCUCCCAGUACUUAACUGCAACCUACAUCCUACGUAUAUCCUAUUAUGAGAAAAAUCGGGGCACAAUGAGAUUUCACUCUGCAGCGGAAUCAUCUUCGCUGAUUUGAAUAUUCCUGACAGAUUAUAACUGUAUGUCCCAUCAGGACUGUAACAGGGGACUUCCGCCUUUCGCAGCAACGGAUCUACCGUUUGAGCUAUUUUAUUAAACUAAACUCUUUUAUUGUCCUGAAAUACAAGGUAUUACAACUUUUUUUUACAAAUGUGUGUACUGACAAUACAUCCUUCAAUUUAUUUUCGUUAAACACGGAAUUAAUAAUAAUAAUAACAACAAUAAUAUAAGACAGCUAUUGAAGCACGACUCACAAUCCGCCUUUCGUAGCUCCACUUCUGCCUGCACCUCUUCUCUUAUCUUUACGUAAGCCCAGAAGUCUGGAAGGUAGGAGAGUAAGUAUUGGGGAAACUGAAGCUGUGAGGGCGGAUCGCGAGGUUUGCUCGUAUAACUCAGACGAUAGAGUACAUGCCGGCUAAAGUCACAGGUGCCAAAUUCGAGUCUUGGUACAGCAAACGGUUUUAAUCAGCCACAAAAUUUGAAAACUGCUGCUUAAAUUUAAUCAUUAUUUGUCAAAAUAAUAAAUGUCAAGAAAUGUACCGUAAAAUGGACAACUACGUACAGAACGUUGGGCUGAAGGUGAGUCAAGACAAAAUAGAAUUCAUGCGAUUAGGAAGAAGACAAAAGCAGCCAUAAUUUCUUGAGAUAAAUGACACGAGGUUCAAGAAAGUUCAUCAGCUGAAAUAGUGGAAACUUGGUUUACCAGUGACAAGCACAGGAAUGGAUAUCAAGCAAAGAACAGCAGUGGGGAUGAAAUGCAUGUGUUUCCUUAGUGAGACACGUAGCUCAAAAUCAAUACGUGCGAAUACUAAAAUGAGAAUAUAUAACACUGUGAUACUCCCAGGAGUCAUGUACAGCUCAGAAACAUAGAGCGUAAGUAAAUGACAAAAGCAAAAACUAAUAAUCUUUGAAAGAAGAGUAAUGGGAAAGACUUGAGGACCCAUCUUAGAAAAAGAGGAAUGGAGGCCGAGGAAGAAUGAACAAAUCUACUUCUUGAUGCUACAACCAACAGUCCUACAGAAGCUGAAGAGCAAAAGAACCCAGCGAACGGGCCAUGUAGUUCAUAAGCUAGAAGAAAGACAGGUGAAGAAAGCAACCCCACACGUCCCAUAGGACGACCAAGGCAGCGCUGCUUGAUGGACGACCUGACGAAGAUUUGGCAGUCCUGGGAAUUGAAGACAUCUGGAGGAGCCAUGCACGAAGCAGAAAGGAAUGGAGACAGUUUGUGGGAGCGUGGACGCAGUGUGCGAUCUGCAGAGCCUGAGAUCGCUGGGUAUUUAUGUUUGUAUUUUUCAAAACUUUGUUUUUAUAUACCAGCUGAGACUCACCCUUCAUGAACCUUUUGUACAGGAGCACCUGAUAAUGGGCCUUCGGUCUUGGAACUAUUUGUGACUUAAUAUAUAAAGUGAAGCUGUUGAACAUUUGUUUCUGGAAAUAACGCUAGCUUUUCAAAAAGUAAAGGCAAUUCACCGCUUGGUUACUUGACAAAUAACAUGCAUUAUUUUUUUAUAACUUACAUUGUUAGUCAAGAAUGAACUCUUCAUUCCGCAGUGCAGUGUGCGUGCUCUCCACCACACAGUGAAGAUUCACUCUGAAAACAGCUCCUGGGCUGCAGCCAAGCUAUUUUUCCUCCGUGUACUUCCUUCCAUGAGUGUUAGUCCAGCGAAGUUUGCAGAAGAACAAUUUUGAUGUUCAGAAAGUAGGAGAGCAGUACUGGGAGGGUGUAGCGAAAGGCAUGGUUUCUGGGUCGUGUCCGGUUUUGCUACAGAGUUUUAAUCUGCCAUGUAGUUUUAAUACAAGGUCCGGCAGAAAAACCUCCCCUUUAA